UUCCUCUCCUUUCAGGAAUAUAUUAAAGGAAUCUGUGAACCUGAACUAGAAGAAAGAGAAUGGUACCCCAAGGCCAUGCACUGCAUCUUUGUUGGGGCGCAGAGCCUGUUUCUGAAGAGCUUGAUUCAGGACACCUGUGCCGACCUCUGCGUCCUGGACAUCGGCCUGCUGGGCAUCCGGGGCAGCGCAGAGGCUGUGGUCAUGGCCAGGAGUCACGUUCAGCAGUUCGUCAAGCUCUUCGAGAGCCACGAGAGCCUGCCCAACAGCCAGAAGGAAUCAGAGGUGAAAAGGGAAUUCAAACAGUUUGUGGAAGCACGCGCGGACAGCUACACGAUGGACCUGCUCAUUCUGCCCACCUCCCUCAAGAGGGAGCUGCUGGCCCUGACGCUGGGCGAGGACGCCGUGUCGGAGGCCGGCGACCACAGCGUGGAGAUCGGGGACUCCUCGCAGGCGGCGUCCUCUCCGAGCGCUGCUGCGGGCUCCGGGGACGCCGUGGCCCCGCAGGAGGACGCGAGGAGUAACGCCGGGACUCCGGUCUCUGAGCUCACGAAGCAGAUGGACACGGUGUUUUCUAGUUCGCAAGACGUGCUCUUCCUUCCCGUCAAUGGCCUGGCCCCCGAUGAAGGGGCGCUCGGCAAAGGCAGAGCUUGUCACAAACGGAGGUUUUCUGAUUCCGAAGAAAGACACACCAAGAAACAGUUUUCCCUGGAGAACGCUGACGAGGGGGCGCUUUCGCAGGACGGUCGGACACCAGCCGGAGGUGUGGCCAUUGACCUGUCCGACCCGUCCAGCGAUUCCGACGGCUUAAGCCCAGACGGGAAAGACACCACUGAGGAGAUGGAGCACAACAUCCUCGUGAACUUCUUCAAAACCAUGGGCUACUCCCAGGACAUCGUGGAGAAGGUCAUCAGGGAGUAUGGGCCGUCAGCGGAGCCGCUGCUGCUCUUAGAGGAAAUAGAAAAGGAAAAUAAGAGAUCCCAAGAAGACAGAGAGUCUGCACCUGGUACUGUGCAUCCGGAGACCAACAAAACCAAAACUAAAGAUGUUUGUAGCAGCAUAAAUGACCUUACAGUGGAUUCCACUCCAAAGAAAACACAAACCCACACCCAGCAAAAUACGAUAAAAAAGUUUCCUCAGUUACCGUUCAGAGUAGAAUCAAAACCAUGUACCUCAAAUUGCAAAAUGAAUGCUUUCAAGACAGUGCCCGCGGAACCGAAACAGGAGCCCUGGAGUUCGCACCCAGACUACGUGGGGAGCGUGGAUCUUGAAACUGAUGGCCUUGCCCCCUCGGCCGCCCCUCCAAGUCCCAAAGAAGUCGGCUUUGUUUCGAGAGGAGCUGCGAGCCACCAGCCCAGAAUUUCCGCCUUCCCGGAGAACGGCCUGCAGCCCCACGGGGAGCCUGCGCUCCCGCCUCCUCUCAGGUCGGCCUGCGGCGCCCCCCCGCCCAAGCUGCCGCUGCCGGCCGCGGACGCGAGGCCCGCGGGGCUCUCCGACCACGCGGACUGCUCGGUCACGGGGGUGCAGAGGUUCCGGGACACCCUGAAGGUGCCCUACAAGCUGGAGCUGAAGAACGAGCCCGGGAGGACCGAGCUGAAGCACAUCGUCAUCGACGGGAGCAACGUUGCGAUCACCCACGGUCUGAAGAAGUUCUUUUCUUGUCGUGGAAUCGCGAUUGCGGUUGAGUAUUUCUGGAAGCUCGGUAACAGGAACAUCACUGUGUUUGUCCCACAGUGGAGAACGCGGCGCGACCCCAACGUCACAGAACAGCACUUCCUAACCCAACUCCAGGAGCUCGGCAUAUUGUCUCUAACGCCUGCCCGGAUGGUCUUUGGAGAAAGAAUUGCUUCUCACGACGACAGGUUUCUGCUACACUUAGCGGACAAAACUGGUGGCAUAAUUGUAACAAAUGACAACUUCAGAGAAUUUGUGACUGAGUCAGUCUCUUGGAGAGAAAUUAUUACAAAAAGGUUGCUCCAGUACACCUUCGUGGGGGACAUAUUCAUGGUUCCCGAUGACCCUCUGGGAAGAAGUGGACCCCGAUUAGAAGAAUUUCUUCGGAAGGAAGUCUUCCUUAGAGACAUGCAGCCCCUGCUCCCUGCCCUGCCAAACGUGGGCAUGUUUGACCCCAGCUUCAGAGGCCCUGGCGCCCAGGCAGCCAGCACCAGCCACCAGCCUCCGGCCCGUGUUCAGGGCCCCCCACCCAGCCACUGGCUGCCUCAGCAGCCCCACUUUCCGCUCGUGCCCAGCCUCCCCAGCCUCCCUCAGAGCGUGCCCAUGCCGGCGCAGAGGUCCUCCGCAGAGACCAGCGAGCUGAGGGAGGCCCUGCUGAAGAUCUUCCCAGACUCGGAGCAGAGACUGAAAAUCGACCAGAUCCUGGUGGCCCACCCCUACAUGAAAGACCUGAACGCGCUCUCUGCCAUGGUGCUGGACUGAGGUGCCGCGCGCACUCGCCGAUGACCAACGCUGGCCACAUAAUGUGAAGAAGCAGGCCUCCUGGUGGAGACGCUGUUGUCCUGUACAGAAGAAAAACAAACCGAUGUUUUGUGUAUAAAAACCUGGGUUUUCAAAACCAGCUUUUUUCUAUAUAUAAAUUAUGCUGCUAUUACAGAUUUAACAUUUUCUGUCAAAGGAAAGUCUACAUUUUCUGCCUGUUCAGAACUGUUUAAUAGCAGUUACUCUUGAGUGUAUUGACAUUUUUAUGUUUUUUAAACUAUUUUCCUUAAAGCUGAAAAUAUUGACAAAUGGAUAUGAUUAGCCUUUCUAAAUAAUAAUAAUAAAAAAAAGAGCUGCUUUCUUAGGGAAAGCAAGAUCUCUUAAAGUAUAUUUUCUUGAGAUGAUUGUCACGCCCACGAACAUGAAGUAUGUGCACCUCCUCCCCUCCUCCCCCCCUGGAAUUAAAGACCCCAGGAAUUGGCUUUGCUCCUGUGAUGUCUUUCAUUGGAGCCUUUUGUGAGAGUGGCCAGGGGUGCCACUAGAUGGCAUCCCGUGCCUGCCAUUGUUAAUGACAGGGCACAGUGAGGCUGGUGUCAGAGCUCAGAGCUCAUCCAGCAUAGCCCUCCUGCUCCCACCACAGAGAGGGGCCUGGCUCUGCUCGCAAUCUGCCCGGGCCUGUGCGUCCAGCUGUGCAGGGCCGGUGGGGACCAGACUCCUCGGGCAGUGCUCUAGCUCUCGCACCAGGCGUAGGCCUCUGUCCUGACUGAGUCUAGAAGUCACAUCUUAGCCUCUGAAGAUAACAGAGGGAUGUGAGGAAGUGUAGUGAACGGCCCCUUACUGUGGUGAUGUGUCCACAACCAUGGGAGACACCCCAUGUGAACUUUGUGCAGCUUUGCCAAAAAGAUGGUUUCUAUUUUCAGAACAACCCAAGCCAAUAAGUUGCAUUAGCCGCUUCUAUGGGGCACAGAGCCCUGUGUUUAUUUUCCUGUGUUUGUCUCGUUAGUGUCCUCCUAAGCUGCCCUUCCUGUGCGCCUUUCUCGGAAGUGAUAUCUUAGUAUUGUGUUUUCAGUGUUGCCCAAAUUCUGUGUCAGUGAAGUACUUUCCUGGGCAAUUCUUAACAUCUUACUAUUCUCUGGACCUUCAAAGGGCUUCGUACUUUAUGCCUGUUCUCCCCGGGCUGCUCACGGUCUGGUUCCUGUGCGUCCUGUGGACCUUGUCUCUCCCGCCCCGGAAACCCUGCAGAGCACUGGUUUGCCCUCCUGGUGAGGGAACCGUGUCAUUGUUGGUCAGGAGCAGAGCUGGGUGGCUCCCCAGGAUGCUCCCUCCAGGGGUCUGGGCUUCUUCUACCACCUUUUCUCUUGGAUGCCUUCGAGGUUCAUGCUGAUGGGGAACUGGUUGUCAGCUGUUGCUUGGGGCAGGUGCCCAAGUCCUUUGAGGUGUGUCAGGAAGUGACUUUAGGCACAGCAGACGUGUGAGGUCUAGAGCUGUCUCACCCGGGCCUGUGCGUCCAGCUGUGCAGGGCCGGUGGGGACCCCUGACCUUAGGGGUCAAGGUUUGGUCCGACACCCACGCCAAUUCAGUAUUCCUCUUCUGUCUCAGAGAUGGACCCAGGCAGCACCCUCAUUGCCAAGGUGUAGCCCCAGGUCCACCUGGAAGGGGGCAGGGCCUUCCCUGCUGCCUGGUGGAGCUGGUUGGGCUCUAGAAGUGACCUUUGACCUUUGAAUUAGGUAUUGUUUGUGAGCGCUCUGCCCACCCCUUUCUCGGUGUGGGAAGGAAGAACGAGGAAGACCGGGAGGAGGGCAGAGAAGCACUGAUUACUUUUCUUGAUGAAUUAUAACAGGAAACAUGAUUCACUGUCUUUCUGAAAUCCAUCCAGUUUAGUUAAAUUUAAUAUUUAAAACCUCGAUUUUCAAACCAUUAAAAACAGUCAUUACCUGUUCUUAGCUUCCUUUUGACACUCAGCUCAGUGUUGACACUACGUGAAUAUUUCUCGGUGCCCGCCUACUGUGGUGGGCGGCCCGGUCCUGUGCCUCCUUUAGGCUUUCUUGCCCAGUGGCUCUGCAUCCUGUAGUUCGUGGCCUUCCCGUGGAGUCCCGUGGCCUUCCUGGGGGCGGGGAUAGGGUGCCAUCCUCCCAUAGAUGGUUGUCUGCUGCUCAGAGGUUGUCGGGUCCAAGGAUGCGUAGGUGGUGGUGCUGAUUCGCUCCCGGCUGCAUUCUGUCCCAAGCCCCAGGCUUUCUCCUCUGGGAAGAGACUUGUUUGGCUUUGUGCCAAGUAGCCUGUGUUUGAGAUCCUGGAGACUGUCGGCUAGAAAAGCAGUGAGAAGGCAUCUCAGCUGUCCUGGAUGGCCGGUCUGCGUCUGGCAGGCUUGACCUUGUCUUGGCUGUGUCACCAGGGACUCGGCUGAUGCUACCUUUGGUGUCAGUGAGAGGAGGAAGGACAUCUGUCUUGCUCAGGCUUGUGGCCCCUGUUGCACCUGGAAACAUAUACUCUCCAGGAUGCUCUUAGCACCCCAGGCGCCAGUUCCCCUGCCUCUCCCCUGGAUCCCAGCCUGCCUCCCACACACGUCUGAGACAAGGCCUGCCUUUGGGGAGCUCUCACCUGUGUCCUCACCUGUGCUACCUCCCUUCUGUAUUUUGCUCCUCUCAUCUCCAAACUGGUCAUUACCUACCUCCUCACACUUUACAUAUUUCAGAUGCUUUCGAUUAAAAUAAAAUAACCUGAUUUCCUUUAAGAAUCAUCUUUGUUAAUUGCCACUUUCCCAUUCAUUUCUCGGCUUGCAGAUUUGGCCUCCACUAUCGGAGAAUCCUCCACACCCCUCACUGCCAGGGCCGCCUUUUCUCAGACUCUGUCCCGCAAUGGCCAUGACGGUCGACACGCCGGCCUUUCCCUGUGAGCUGAGGUUCCCUCCCCCCUCGCCGCUCUUCAUUCCUUUUCCUUCCUUUCCCCCAAGGCCAGUCCUCAACACCUUCCUCUUCCUGACAGGUGGUUCUCAAACUUUGGACCAGCUGCAGACUCAUGGUAGGGAAGGCGGCGCUCACUCAAAGUGCAGAUCCCGGGGCGCUGUCCCCAGAGAUGCUCAUUCUUGGCUCCAGAGGAAAGCCUGGAGACCUGUACCUUCCCAGGCUCCCUAUGGCUCCUUGCAGGUGGUCCACGGACACAUUCUGAGAAACUUGCACUGUCACCCUUAGGACUCACGGCUCUUCCCGAACUCCAGCUGCCCCCUCUUUGCCCUUCAGGAGUGUUUCAACUCUCCCUGGAGUCCUGGGGCAUCCUCAGACUCACCCCCAGGCCCUCUGCCUGCAUCUGCCUCACUGUCCUCCUCUCCCCUCCUCCCCUGCUCUCAGGUCCCCUCACCCACCCCCACCCCCAGGUAUCCUCGCCCACCCUGGCCCCUUUCUUGCCUGUGACCACAGUGCUGCUCUGCUCCCUGCCCAGUGGUCUUCAGUGGCUGAGACCAGAGCACCCUGCUCGGACACCCCGAGCUUGGUCUCCUUGGCUGUCCACCUCGGUGCCCACUUGUUUGCCCCCUUUGUACAGCCCACCCCCACUCCCUGCAGCCGCACACACUCCCUCGGUCACCUGUGGGCUCCUGCCUCCGUGCAUACCUCCUCUCUGCUGGAAAUGCCCCUUCUCCCAAAUGCUUCUCCUUCACAGGCCUGGCCCUGAGCCCACUUUGUACCCUGCCGUGUGCUGCUGAGCGGAAGCAGCCCGUGGUGUCUUGGGACCCUGCCGCACUGUCUUGCUUCCGGCACUGGCCGCGUGGGCUGGUGUCACUGCUGCCGAUCGCCGAUCGUGUACCGUGUCUUACCUCCCUCUCUAGACUGUGAGCUCCUCGCGGGCAGGGACCUCUGUGUUCACUUUGUAUUCCCACGGCACCUAGCACAGUGCCUUGCACUUAGGUGCUUAAUAAACGUCUGCUCAACUGAA